UAAGGUUGUAAGAGGCUUCGACCAUAAGUCCCAUUCUCCUACGACUCCUCAAAAUCGACAUCCACAGAGCCUUUGAUUCCAUUCGCUAGGAUUUCGUCUCUAAAGUCUUUCUCUAGAUGUCUGGUCCCUCUUCUUUUGUUCACUAGAUUCUCCCAUGUAAUUCCUCCCCCAAAUUCUCGGUCCUCAUUAACAGUAGCCUUGCGGGCUACUUCUCCUCCUCUGUUGGUAUCUGUCAGGGUUGGCCCUAUCCCCUUUCCUCUUCUCUUUCUCUCUCUUGAGGUGCUCUCCCACUUAAUCCAAUCCUCUGCGGAUCAGCCCAUUACCAAAUGCAAAGCUCUGAUGCUCACCUAUCUGGACUUCGUUGACAACCUCAUAAUCUUUUCCAAAGCUGAUCCUCGUUCCAUUUCCUCCAUCAUGUCCUCCCUCCGCCUCUUCGAAUCCCUAUCAGGUCUUUGCAUCAAUCUCCUUAAAUCCAACAUUUUCCCUUCAAAUGUCUCCGAUGCCCGUCAAACUCAGCUCUUUGCCAUCUUUGGAUUUUCCCUUGGCCCCUCCUUUUCAAAUACCUGGGUUUGCCCUGUUUAGCUUUGGAAAGGCCAGCCCGUUUCCUAUGUUGUGCGGCUUGUCCUCAUCAAAUCUGUCCUUUAAGCACUUUACCUCAUCUGGUCCAGCAUUUUCUCCCUCCCCGCUACCACUUCUAAAUCCAUUGACUUGCUUCUUUGUUCCUUUCUUUGGAUAAGAGCUAAUUCUCCUAAUUUCUUCACCCUUUCAACUGGUCCAAAAUUUGUUCUCCCAAGGCUAAGGGAGGCCUUGGCUUAGGGAGAAUUAAGGAUACCAACUCGGUGGGCAUCCUCAAGCUCAUUUGGAAUAUUUUCUCUAAGCAUCAUAGCAUUUGGGUUUCCUAGAUUUACUCAUCCCCCCUAGAAAAUGACUCUCUUUGGUCUUCUUCCCCUCCUUCUGAUGCCUCUUGGAUCUAGAGGGAAAUCUUUAUCUUAAGAUCAUUUACUCUCGCUACCAUCUCUUUAUCCAUUAGGGACAACUCUUUCAUUUCCCUUUGGAUGGAUCUUUGGCACCCCUCAACCUACUCUCCCCUGGAGUGAUAUACUCUUCUGGUCUCCCUAGAUCUUCUAGGCUCUCCAACAUCCUCUCCCUCUUGAGAUGGGAUCCCCCUAUCUCUUCUCCUCUCCUUUCUGACCUCUGGUCCUCCCUUCUUCCCAUCCUUCCUGGCCAUCGUGGAAGGGUGGAUAAGGUUAUAUGGUUGCCCUCCUAGAUAGGUACAUUCUUCUUUGCCUCUGCUUGGGACUAUAUUCGGACAAAACCCCCCCUCAUUCCUUGGUAUAGCACCGUUUGGUUUAAAGGCCAUAUCCCCCACCACAGUUUUACUGUUUGGCAUGCCCUUUCUAACUGGCUUCCCACUCGAUCCUUCCUUCUCCACCGGCACAUUAAGGUUUCCCCCUCAUGCUGCCUGUGCUGGAAUGGCUCGAAAGAUACUGAUCAUCUUUUUUUCUCCUGCCUCUUCUCCUCCUUAGUUUGGAAGAAAGUUCUUUGCUCCAUCUGGCCAGCCGGUAAACCCAUCCUUCCCUUGUUUGGAGAAUGGCUUUGGAUUGAUAUGACCUUUGGUGUUUCUUCUAUUUGUGACAAAGUCGGAAAGCUUGCCCUCACAGCCACCAUCAACCACAUUUGGCUGGAGCGUAAUCUUCGUAUAUGGACAUCCAACUCUCGUUCUUUUGACAAGAUUUGGAAGGCCAUCUACUUUGAUAUUUGCUCCGAGAUUGGAUUUAUCUGCCACCGAAAGGUUCCUUGCUCCCCAAUAGGCUUAUUGUUGUUGCCUGGGCUCCCUCCCUCCACUAUCUCCCCUUUUGAUGUCUCUCUCCCUUUAGUUGGGCCCCUUGACCUUUGAGGUCCAUUUUGGGCUUUGUCUACCUCCUCUCUCCUUCGUAUCUUCUUCCUUUUGGUAAUGAAAAUUUAUUCAUUCAUCCAGAAAAAGAAGUGUUCCAAGUUAGCCAAAGCUUUUCUUCCCCACUUGGUAGACCAAUCAGAGUUUGAUAUUAAUUUGGAGUUUAAAGUUGAGAGUUUGAAAAAUUAUGCUACCAAAUUUUAUGUCAUUUAAUAUAAGAGGGUAGCAGUGUUAACUGUUUAGUCAGAUCAUGCCAAAAUCGGGUGUUAUAAGGAGGGUGGUGGAACUUUACUUGAGUGGUAAGUCUUGUGGAUUUGCCUAGAGUUUAGAGUUUGCUUUAGUAGUACAGUCUUCUCAAACGACGACAUGGAGGUCAGAUUGCUGAUAUAGAAAUUAUGAGAAAGAGGAUCUGGAUCUUGUAUGUUGUUCCUAUUAUUGGCUAACAUAUAAUGGACUGCUAGCCGAUAUCAAAAUCUUUCCCCCUUUUGUUGGUUAAAAUCAUUUUCCAAUAACCCUUGCCUACUUGUUAAUGUCAUAGGAAGAGAAGGUGGUAGAUGUUGAGGCAUAUCUGAGUACAAUGUGAAGGACAUAUUGCUAAUGUAGAAAUUAUGGAGAAAGAGGAUGUUGAUCUUUAAACAGAAGAUGGCGGAGUCAAUCAUCUUGGGUACGAUAGCUAAACAGGUGUUGCCUGCAAUAUUACAAGCGACGUAUCAGAUCGUCAGUUUCAGGGAAGACGUUGAACAGCUCCAAAAUACUCUAGAACAAUUGGUUCCACUUUUUAAAGAAGGGAAGCAAGUGGAUUUAGAGUUGACCGAUCAGAAGCGGAAGGGUCUCGAGAAAUUUGAAAAGAAGUUGUUGGAAGGAGAAGAGCUGGUCAAGAAGUGCUGCAAGAUAUCGGCUCCGAACAUCUUCCAGAAAUACCGUUACUCCAGGAAGAUCUCCUCUUUGAAUAAAACUAUUCGUAGCUUCUGCGGGUUGGAGUUGCAGGUCGAAAGCUGGCGCGAUAACAAAUUGCUUCGGUCCGAUGUCCAACAAAUGCGAAUGAUGGUGGAAGGAUUGACUCAGCAGCAGGGACAGGGUCAGGGACAGAUUGUGGGAGUGGGUACCCUGGGUAAUGAGGGUUUGCUUGCGGUUCCUAAAAUUCCAGAUCGUGUUGUUGGAUUUGGUAUGGCUCUCAGAGAUUUGAAGAAUGAAUUGUUCAAAGAAAAUGUGACAGUGCUUGGACUAUGUGCUCCUGGGGGAUGUGGGAAGUCGACAUUAGCUGCCAUGCUUUGCCAAGACGAAGAAGUUAGAGGAAAAUUCAAGGAAAUAUUCUUUGUAAAUGUUCCAACGACACCCACAGCCACCUAUGAGAUCCUACAGACACUACUUGAAAAGAUUGGUGGUGGGGUGCUUCCGUCUAGCUGGAGUGAAGAAAAUGCAAUGAAGCAAUUUCAUUACCAUCUGGAGAGAAAGCCAGAGCAACUACUGUUGGUUCUAGAUGAUGUUUGGGACAAAUCAGUAAUUGAGAAGUUUUUCUCUAGAACAAAAGGAUUUAAGAUGCUGGUUACAUCAAGAGAAGAAUUCCAAGUAUAUAAUACUGAAUAUCAUUCUAAAUAUCAUUUGGAAAAACUCAGUCACCAAGAUUCCAUGAAUCUCUUUCGUCAAACAGCAUUGUCUCAAGAUAGGAAUGUGGGCUUUGAGCCAGAGGAGGAUCUUCUAAAUCAGAUAGUAAGAUGCUGCGAUGGUUUCCCACUCGCUAUAACGGUGAUUGCCAAAUCACUGUAUCAGCAGCACCCAGUGAUAUGGGAAAACAUGGCUAAGAAACUAUCAAAAGGUUCCUGCAUUCUUGAUUUUGAUGAAAAUUUGCGGGAACGUCUUUCAGCAAGCUUGGAUUCCUUGGAAAAAACAGUUCUAGACUGUUUCUUGGACUUGAGUUCCUUUCCUGAAGACAAAAGGAUCCCUGCAUCUGCUCUGAUCAAUAUUUGGUGUGAGCUCUAUGAACUAGAUGAUGAAAAUGAGGCCUUUGUCAUUCUUCUCGAACUUGCCUCUCGAAAUCUUGUUAAUUUGGUUGGAAGCAGGAAAAUGACCACGGGGAUUGUUGCUAGCUUCAAUGAUCUAUUUGUUACUCAGCAUGAUCUGCUGAGAGACCUGGUUAUCUACCAGAGCCGGCAGCGACUUAUCAUGUACAAAAGAGAAAAAGGCAUUCUUGAGAGCGGGAGAAAACAAGAGAACCACUAUUUCAAUCCCCGUCUUGUUUAUCUUGGCACAGGUGAAAUGUUUGUAGAAAGCUGGAAUGACUUGCAACUUCCCGAAGUUGAGGUGUUGAUUCUGAAUUUCUCUGCAAGUAACUACUCUUUACCCCCAUUCAUGGAAAAGAUGAGGAAGCUAAAGGUUGUUAUCGUUGUAAACCGUGGACGGACCUGUGCCAAGCUGAGCAAUUUGAUAUCACUUAGGGAAUUGGCUAAUGUAAAGAGGAUCAGGUUAGAGAAAGUCUUGAUUCCUUCCCUUCAUGAAUUCACAUUGCCAUUGAUGAAUUUGCAGCAGGUAUCGUUAGUUAUGUGUGAUUUUGACCAUGCUUUGAUGCAAUCCACCAUCAAUGUCUCCUACGAGUUACCUAAUCUUGUUGAGAUCAACAUCGAUUACUGCCAUGAUAUAGUGGAAUUGCCUCCGUGGAUCUGCGAUAUCAUUAAUUUACGGACACUCAGCAUUACUAGCUGUGAUAAGUUAUCUGCACUACCUGAGAGAAUUGGAGAUAUAACAGAUUUAGACUUGUUAAGGUUGCAUGCUUGUACUGGAUUAUCUUCUUUGCCAGACUCAAUAAAAGGACUUCAGAAGCUGAGGUUCCUUGAUAUAUCCGACUGUUGCGACUUAAACAUGCUGCCUGAUGGGAUAGGUGAGUUACAUUGUUUGAAGAAGCUUGACAUGAGAGGUUGCAAUAAGUUGAGUGAAUUGCCACCUUCAGCCAUGAAUCUUGUUCAUUUAAAGGAAGUGAUAUGUGAUCAAGACACAGCUAGUCUUUGGGAACCUCGAUCAUCAAGUCUAAAAAUAAAUGUACCUGAAAAUGACAACAACUUGGAUUGGCUUGGGGUGAUAUUUGACAACUAACUAGACUGAAUCUCGGAUUGGCAAACGGAGGAGAACUGGUCAAAAUGAGAACUUUCAAUCAAUAGCAGGGAUGGAUAUUGCUUGUACCACGUUUUUCUGGAUAUUUUAGUCUUGCUCUUUUGUACAUUGCAGUCUUUUCUCUACAAUACUUGUUUCCUUUUCCUUAUUGCAUAAUUUAUAUGGAAGUACUAUGUUUCAUACAGAAAAAUAAAAUCUGUGCAGCAGAGCUGUUUAGUUGUGAAAAGGUUCAGUUUAAGUUGAGUUUAGAGAGUGCAUUAGUCUAUACACUUGUGUACCUUCAUGUUGUAUAAUUUUCUGUAUUGGACUAGUUCCGGGUAUGAACCUGGGCAACCCAUUAUCAUUAGAAAAUUUUAUCGAAAAAUAAUUUCAUUUCAUUGA